CCCUCCUUCCUGCCCGCCUCCCCGGGCGGAGAGCACCCGGCCCGGCCGCCUCUUUCCCCCCCUCCCCGUCCCCUUCCCUCUCCCUUCCCUUCCCUCCCGGCCCCGCUGCCAGGGGCGAAGCCGCCCGCCGGGCCCCCGCGGCCUUUUUUCUUGGAUUUUAGUAUUGGAAAACUCUCUAAUGAUAACUUUGCUUAGGAGCUGAGCGUCGUGACCUGCCCUCAUCCUCCUCCUUGCUUAGUGUGGGAACGACCUGAAGGACAUCUUGGAGCCACCUGUACUGCUUCAUGCAGUUAAAUGUUCUGAGGUCAUGAAACUUAAUCCACAGCAAGCUCCAUUAUAUGGUGACUCUGUUAUUACAGUGCAACUGACUGAGGAAGAUAAAGUUGAAGAUGAUGUAGUUUUUUACUUGGUCUUCACUGGGUCAACUGUCCAACACUGCACAAGUACGAGGAAGAUUAAUCCUGGGAGUCUGGAGACAAUUUCUCCCGGCCAUGACUGCUGUGAGACAGUGAAGGUGGCGCUUUGUGCCUCUAGAGAAGGUCAUCCUGUUCUUGUUGUGGCAGAAGAGAGUUUCCAGUUUGUCCAGGAUGAAGCCUAUGAUGCUGCCCAGUUUCUGGCCACCUGUGCUGGCAACCAGCAGGCACUAAAUUUCACCCGGUUCUUGGACCGGUCAAGACCACCUGCUGCGGACGUGGACUUUUUGGAUGAGAAAGUGGCUUUGGCAUUUCGACACCUGAAACUGCCGGCAGAAUGGAAUGUGCUGGGAGCAGACCAGUCCCUGACCGAGAACAUCCCUCGGGAAACUCUGAUGCAUUUUGCGGUGAGGCUGGGUCUGCUGCGGCUGACGUGGUUUCUGCUCCAGCAGCCAGGUGGAAGAGGAGCUCUCAGCAUCCACAACAACGAAGGGGCAACGCCUGUAAGCUUGGCCUUGGAGAGGGGCUACCAGAAGCUGCACCAGCUUUUGACAGAAGAGGAAGCCAGGGAACCAGACUCCUGGAGCACCUUGUCUCACACUGUGCACUCGGGGGACUACAGUGUGAAGCACCACCGUGGGCUUGAUGUUUACAUGCUGACGGCUGAAGCCAAGGAAGGGGUAGCAGCCAGCUUGGAGAGUGACAUACGGCACCUUCAGAUGCACAUGCAGAGCCACCAGCACAUGAGUUUAAGACAGCAGACCAAGCCUGUACUGGAAGAUUCUGGAGACAGCUGUUCUAAAGGAGCAGAGCCAGAUGGUCACCCGACCACUACCUCUCAGAGCCUAGAAGAAAUGGCAAGAGAAGGAAGGCAGGAAUGUCCAUCUGAUCUUGUUCACCUGGACAUCAGGCAGCUCUCAGACCAAACCCACCAGGAGGAGAAAUGCAACAGCAGGAGUUUGGGAGCUUUUAAUGAUGCGCCAAAUGACUUGCUGAGCCCGGGGGAUGCAAAGAGCUCAGAGUGCUUCUGUGAAAGUAAAAAUAAAGUGACGUUGAGUAAAAAGGAAGAGGAGGGGCCAACCUCUGCUGAAGGCUCUGGGACUAUAUCAGAUGAGAACGACUGCACGGUGAGCCUGUGUGCAAGUGUAAAUGGUGCCGUAAAUCUUCCAUCCUGUGGAAAUACAAAUGAGGAAGCUGGAAUGACAUCUGCUGGAGUUGUUCUGGAUCAAGCUGGCUUGUGCAGUAAAGAUAGUCCCCAUCAGGAAGUGCAAGCUGCUGAGGAGCGUGCAGCUGACAGUACUGUUACUGUGGUUGAAACUACAGGCAAAGCCCCAGCUUCCUUGGAGGGCGUGGAUGUGGCUAUGGGCCAAACUGAAUGCAGGAACUGUACAGGGGCAGCUGGGAGGGCUGUGGGCCAGCAGCAGGGAGAGGAUGGGAUGGCUGAGGCUGGUGAAGGGAGGACUGCAAACAUAGAAGAGCAAUUGCCAGCUAAGGAAGACUCAGCCAGUGCCUCUCAGCCCUUACUCGGUGGUUUUAAUGGCACCGAGAGUGCAGAUGGGGAGGAUGCAAAUGUGGGAGUGGUGUCGGCGUGUGACAGUACAAAUGCAGAUGAUGGCACUGGCGAUGUCUCCAUUGACCUUUGCAAGACCAGCAAUAACAAAGAGACUGGAGCAGACUCAUGCACUGAUCAGGUAAACAGUGGCUUCUUGGAAAGCCAAGGCGAUGCCCAUGCUGCGGCGAGGCAGGAUGUCACUGCAAGUGCUGGGGCAGCGUUGCCAGCAGUGAAUGGAGUGAAGUUUCCCACAUGUGCAUCAAAACCUGAACCUGGUUUGGAAAUCCGUGGCACUGGGGAGCAAGAAGGGCAGAUGGAAGCAGGUUGCACAGUUGGGAAAUCCAGCUUGCCCUCCCUGAAAGACAGUAUGGAAACUGAUGGCCCUGAUGCUAAACCUGAAAACAGUGACGUUGGUGGAUCUAAUCAAAGCAGUGCAGAACCUGCAUGUUGCCAGGAGAGUGGUAAGAUCACUGAACAUGCAGCUGAAGCAAUGGAGGGCAGCGAAGCCUGUGAAGAGGAGCCAGCAGGAGCUGAUACCAGCAGCAGCGGAGAUGGAGGAAGUGCAUAUUCUGCAGAUGGAGGUCAGGAAGUUGCUAGCUGUCACCCUUCUGCUGAUCAAAUUGUCGUUGAAGAUGAAAUGGGCGACAGCUUCAAACCAGACACUGCUCAAGAGAGCAAAUAUGAGCCUGCAUCGCUCCCUCUGGACGAUGCCAGCGCAUGCCUGGCAGAAAAAGAGCCUGCACAAACCGAAGCAGAGAUAGCAGAAAGUGCUUCGGAGCAGGAGGGGCUGAGCAGCAAGAUGCAAUCACUCAUUCCCCUACCCAGAGGAGAAGGACCGGCUGUGAGUCAGGAGGGAGAUGCUGCAGUGGCACCUCCCGGGCAGGAGGCAGCUCUGCAAGUUAACGACCCUGGGUUAGCUCUGUGUGCCAAGGGCACAGACCGUGCGGAGGAAAAUUUAAUAGGCACACCCUCUGUAACUCAUAAUGAAGAAUCUAAACAAAACCAGGAAGCAGUGACAGUGGCGGCAGGCUCAGCAGAGCUCACCCAGCAGCGUGGCAGGGAGCAUGGCAAGGUAGCUGCCGGAGCCGGCUGGCCUGAGGACCAUGCAGGGGAUGAGGGCUCUCCGGAGCAGAGCCUCUUGCAGGAGGCUGAAGGAGGCAAAGCUGAGCCUGAGCAGGAGGCUCGUGCAACUGGCAGGGAGCAGGUCUUGUCGGAGGAACUUCUUGCUGCUGUUGUGAAACCCUCUGCCUGCUGUCAGGAGGGGCCUGUGGCAGGUGGCAGCGAUGUGGAUGCUGAGAUGAAAGGGACAGCCCAUGCCAAAGAAGCGUGCAAGACCAGGGCAGUGGGUGCAGGAGAAAGCACCAUCCAUGAACCUGCAUUGGCAGGCAAGUCACCAGGUGUGGAGAGCGGCCCUUGUCUGGAUGCGGCCCUGAACCAAGAACAUGAUCCCAGUCAAACCCUACAACGAAUCUCCCCACGCAGCAGUACCCCCGAAUUAAAGGAUGCUUCAGAAAUGAGAGCCCCGAGUGAUGCCUGUGAGGGUAAGGAAUUGUUAAGGCCGGUGACAAUAACCCCUGUCGCAGCCUAUCCGGAAGAGCAGGAGGAUACGGAAAGCAUGCUUCCCCGGGCAGCGCUUCAGCCCAUCGCAGAAGAGCCCACAUGCGACAGUGACUCCAGCACCGACACCGUUUGUCCCGCUGGCGAGAGCGAUGCUGGUCGCACUGCAAAACCAGCUCAGGGGGAGGUCUUGGCUGAGCCUGAUGGGAAGCAAAGCCAACCUGUACCUGAAUCGCACUUCCUGCCAUGUUUGUGCUAUUUGCAUGCUGUUGAGUCACUGGAAAAUGUGGGAGUAAAGAGUUUGGUUUCGUCGGGUGAUGGCUACUCUCUGGAUAAAGUUCCUAAAAUGGUAAAAAGUUUUGAUGCGGUGGUUUUUGCAGCGGAGACACCUUGUUCCCCUGAAUUACCAGCCACAGAAAAAGUGGGGCUUGAGACCCAGGCUGCAGUGGAUGUGGGAGCCAGCCUUAAUGGAGAAAUGGAUUUAAGUUCCUCAACAAAGAAGAGGAACAUCAGCCCAGCAGUGCAACGAGCUGAGCCUGUUACAGGGAAGUUGGAAAUGAAAACUGAAGAUGAGGUGGAUUUUCUGAAAGAUCGUGUCGAGAGCGCAGCCCACGAGGAAGUGAUAAACCGUGAAAGCUGGUGUUCGCUGGAGCCAUGUCCCAAUUCUUCCCUGCUGGAGCGCAAGCGGACGCGAGAGUCUCCAGAAUGUGAGAACUUCUUGGAAGAUGGGCUGAGUAGCGUCUGUGCCUCAUCACAGGGUGUCCUUAAAAGAGAGUCUGGGAGCGAGUCUGACCUCUUCCCCUUGCCUGGUGAUGGGAUGGAAGACCUUGUCUUUGGAAAGCAGCCUGAAGAGGAGCAGUCUGCCUGUGAUGUUACCAGCUCCAGUUCCUCUGCCGAUGACACCAUGUCCCUGGAGAGGAACUCAUCCUUGGGCAGCGACACAUCCCUUCCCUUCCCGCCGAUGGUGAACUUUGUCCAGCCCAAGGACAGGCACAGCCUGGAUGGUAGCUGCAUGAACAUGGUGGCCACGGAGGGAGGAGAGAAGGAAGAGGAGCUGGACAGUAUCACGGAUGUGCCCGCUCAUUCCUCCGUCUUACGAAACUCCAUGCGGCCACUGUCACCUUUCCGUCGACACAGUUGGGGGCCAGGGAAGAACGCCACCAAUGAAGCAGAAAUAAAUCAGAGGAGUUCAAUGCGAGUUCUGGGGGAUGGUAUAAAGAAGCCUCCCAUUCAUAGGAGAAGUUUGAGCUGGUGUCCCUCUGGUGUACAGUUCAUUGCCAUGGGUCCUGACUUUACUUGUAGAAGUUACAGCCUAGAAGGCCUUGCUGGAGACUCUGGUGAGAACAAGAAGCCUUCUACAAACUUGGAGGCUUCUUCUCUGAGCUCCAAAGACCUCAGACGGACUCCGCUUGCCAGCAAUCAGUGCGGGUCCCUGGUCUUGCUCACUGAAGAACUUGAGCAAGGAGAAAUCAGAGACUACGAUCACCAGAUGCAUCAAACGUCACAGCCGCAAGGAUUUAAUUUCUGUUCUUCCGCUGUUUCAUCUCCACUCACCAAAUCUAUGUCUCUAAUGUCAAUUAGUAAACCAGUGCUGGACACCCAGGGCCGGACUCGACCAUCGAGACGAAUCUCCUUCUCCUUCAGCAUCUCUCCACUCAUUCCUAAGUCUAAAACUCUCUUUUCUAUUGGCUCUUCUUCCAGUGAUGAGGAGGAGGAGUUGGAUAGUACGCAGGCGUUCAGCGGCCCCACGGGUUCCUCAGUUCAGAGCAUAUCUGAAGAGAGCAGCAGUGUCCCUGCUGGUAAAAGUGUAACAAAAGUCAGUCGAACCUUCAGCUACCUCAGGAAUAAAAUGUCCAGCAGCAAGAAGAGCAAAGAAAAAGAGAAAGAUAAAGAGAAGACUAAAGAGAAGGACAAAGAUUCCAAGGAGAAGGAAAAAGAUAAGAAGCUGUUAAAUGGACAUCUCUUUACUGCAACCGCCGUUGUAGCCCAAGCAACCUGUUACCACUGUAUGAAACCUUUCAAUAAGGAUUCGUACUACUGUGCAAACUGCAAUGCAAUUGUUCACAAAGGCUGUAAGGAGAGUUUUGCUUCUUGUGCAAAGGUCAAAAUGAAGCCACAGAGAGGGAUGCUGCAGGCACAUGAUACCUCUUCAUUACCCACAGUAACCAUGAGAAACAAAAGUUCACAACCGAAGGAGCGCCCUCGCUCUGCAAUACUUGCUCCUGAUGAAAACACUGUAACCUCAAUAUUCAAUAACAGGAGAUCACAACAGACUACAGCACUUUCGAAAAGUGUCUCAAUACAGAACAUUGCAGGAGUUGGGAACGAUGACAGCUUAAUACACACUUGGAAAUUCCUGUCGCAGUCAACAGACUCCUUACAUAAAAUCAGCCGGGUGAAUGAAUCCAUGGAGUCACUGGUUGACGAAGGUGCGGACAUGAACGAAGGACAGCUGAUGGGAGACCUGGAAUUAGAUUCCAAGCAGCUGGAGGCAGAGUCCUGGAGCCAAGUAGUGGACAGCAAGUUCCUACAGCAGCAAAACAAAGAUGUUGUCAAACGGCAAGAUGUCAUUUACGAGCUAAUGCAGACAGAAAUGCAUCAUGUCCGCACCCUGAAGAUCAUGAAUGAUGUGUACAGUGCAGGGAUGUUAAAGGAACUGCAGUAUGAUCAACAAGUCGUGGACAAGAUCUUUCCCUGCCUGGAAAACUUGCUGCACAUCCACAGUCACUUCUUCCAGCGGAUUCUGGAAAGGAAGAAGGAGUCAUUGGCAGACAAAAGUGAAAAGAACUUUGUUAUCAAGAGGAUAGGUGACGUCCUAGUGAAUCAAUUCUCCGGUGAGAAUGCCGAGCGAAUGAAGAAAACAUACGGCAAAUUCUGCGGGCAUCACAAUGAGGCAGUAAAUAACUUCAAAGAUCUGUACUCAAAGGACAAGCGGUUUCAGGCAUUUGUCAAGAAAAAAAUGAGCAGCUCCCUGGUGAGACGUCUUGGGAUUUCUGAAUGUAUCUUGUUGGUAACACAGAGAAUCACAAAGUACCCAGUCCUUUUACAAAGGAUACUGCAGUACACCAAAGAAAAUGAAGUGGAACAUGAAGACUUGACUCAGUCAUUAAACCUCGUUAAAGAUGUGAUUGCUGCAGUCAAUAGCAAAGUCAGCAAUUAUGAAAAGAAAAUGCGUCUUGGUGAGAUUUACAACCGGACGGAUAGCAAGUCCAUCAUGAGGAUGAAGAGUGGCCAGAUGUUUGCAAGAGAGGACUUGAGGCAUCGCAAGCUCAUCCGAGAUGGGCCUGUUUCACUAAAAAAUGCAGCUGGCCGGUUAAAAGAAGUCCAGGCUGUUCUCCUCUCUGACAUGCUCGUAUUCCUUCAGGAGAAGGACCAGAAGUAUGUCUUUGCCUCACUGGACCAGAAAUCCACUGUGAUCUCUCUGAAGAAGUUGAUCGUACGAGAAGUGGCUCAUGAAGAGAAGGGUUUGUUCCUGAUCAGUAUGGGUGUAAAAGAUCCCGAAAUGGUGGAAGUCCAUGCUAGCUCCAAAGAAGAGCGUAAUGGCUGGAUACAGAUCAUUCAAGACACAAUGAACACCAUGGAUAAAGAUGAAGACGAAGGAGUCCCGUGUGAGUCUGAGUUUGAAAAGAAAGUGUCGGAUGCCAAAGUGAGAGGACUGAAAGAACAACUUCAGCAGAAGGAUAAGCAGAUUCUCCUCUUGCUGGAGGAGAAGGCUAAGAUCUUCCGGGACAUGGCAGACAGUUCUGUGCAGGAGGACAUGCCAGGCUCCAGGCUGCUCUUCAGAGCAAACACAGAAGAGGCACCAAAAGGAGAGGCCAUUAUGAAAACUGCAAUAAAUGAAGUUGAACUGCUGCAAGACCUGGUGAACAGAAGCCUGGGCACUGCCCUCGGACAGCAGGUCAGCAGCACUGCCAUGGAACAAGAAGGAGGAGUUGGCCCCAUUUCUCUUCCUAGAAGGGCAGAAACUUUUGGAGGAUUUGACAGUCAUCAGAUGAACGCCUCCAAGUGUGGAGCGAAAGAUGAAGGCGAUGAUGCUCAGGACCUUCGGAGAACAGAGUCAGACAGCAUUUUAAAGAAGGGUGGAAAUGCUAAUCUGAUGUUCAUGUUGAAAAGGAAUAACGAGCAGGUCCUCCAAACCAUUACCAGCCUCCAUAAGCUGCUCAGUGCUUUGCAGGGCGUUGUGCUGCAGCAGGACACCUACAUCGAGGACCAGAAGCUGGCUCUGAGUGAGAGGGCUCUGACCCGAAGCUUCUUCCGGCCGACCUCGCUGCUGGAGCAGGAGAAGCAGCGCAACCUGGAGAAGCAGCGCCAGGAGUUGGCCAACCUGAAGAAGCAGCAGACACAGCACCAGGAGGAGAGGCGGAGGAGAGAGAAGGAGUGGGAAGUCCGUGAGAAGGAGCUGGCAGAGCAGGAGGCCCACCUGGCCCAGCGAGAGGAGCAGGUCCAGAGAGGGUGGCAGGAUCUUGAGCGGGAGCGAGAGGAGCUGCAGGUGAAGAAGGCUUCCUACCAGCUCGACCUGGAGAGGCUUCGCACAGCGCAGAAGCAGCUGGAGAGGGAGAAGGUGCAGUUCAAGCAAGACGUUGAGCGAUUAGCUCAAAUGCGGCAGGAGCCUGACCACAACCAGGUUUCAAAUCUACAUGAGAAACUUGCAAGAGUCCCCUCCCAAUCCAGCAUUGAUGACUCCUCCAAGCAGAAGAGCCCUUCCCUUCCUAAACAAGGGCACUUUGAUGCAGAACUGUCUGUCUCCCCUAAAAGGAACAGUCUUUCAAGGACACACAAAGAGAAAAGCACUUUCCAUUUGCUUAGCACAACAAACCAGACUAACAAGGCAGCUGAGGAACAGCCCCAGAUGCCUGCCCGUCUCUUCAGUUUAGCCAAACCAAAGGAGAAGAAGGAAAAGAAGAAAAAGGGCAGGGGACAUCGCGCCCAACAGUCUGAUUCUCACUCGUCGGAAGCACCUCCAGAGGGUGAGGAGAUCUUCUGCUGAGCACAGACGGUUCCAUUGGUCACUCUCGGCAUUGGUACAGUAGACAUCUCCCUGCCCGCUCCACAGCACGCUGCUGGUGCCUGCAUCUGACAAGCAUCUGGAGGUUUUAAAUAAAACAUGUUAUGAAGUCUGUUAAGUGGUGGGAAAGGGCCUCUCUCCUGUGGUUUUGCGUGAGUUCUCACCGCAGAGGCUGACUGCACAGCAAAUAGUACUGUCUCUCUGUGCAAACCUUGGGUUAAAUCGAUCGGAAUAGAUGUUUUCUGUCUCUUCUUACUGCUAAAGGAUAAGAAAACAUAGCCUUAAGGGGUCUGUGCCUUCAGAUUCCCCUUUUCUGGGGAAUGUAACCAAAACCAAGCAUUUAGCAAAAGAUUAGGACUCUACAAAUGGUGCGUACACACUGGCAUAUAUAGAUAUACUGUAUAUAUACAUAUAUGUAUCUAUGUAUCCACUGGGAUAUGCUUACAGUCUGUCCAGCCACGCUUAGCUCGGCCCAUGGGGAUAGAUGAUACCUGAUGACUUUCAGGGAGCGUGUAGAUAUUAAAUAUCUUGCCCUUACUGCUCCGAUUGUAAUGCCAUUGACUUGCACGCCCCUUUUGUGCUCAUAGUAUAUGGACUGUUUGGUUUCAGAAGGAUACAUUACACCAGGAAGCAGUAACAGCGUUCAAAACAAAAAUUCAGAGAAAAAAAAAAAUUUAAAGUAAUUCUGAAAGAUUUCCAUAGGACAGAGGAUUUAAAUGUCAAACUGUUUCCAGAAUCAAGCAGAAUGUCUUUGGGUAUAUUUAAAAUGAUGCAGAAAAGAGAAAUCUGGUAGGCUUGUAAGACAACCCCAGGGAGCCAGAACAAACAGUAUUCAAGUGGGAACAACUCUAAGCAACUUUUUUUUUAUGCAGUCUCUUUGAGCUCCAGUUCACUCCUUCCCAUCCCCUAAGUUAAGAUUUUUAUUUUUUCUUUUUGCCAGAAUAUAGUUCUCCAGUUAUAUUUGGCAUCCCUUCAUUACAAGCCUGAUGACUUACUGGAGAGAUGGCUGAAAAUCUGCUUUUAGGGACCUUUGUUCUUUUAUUUGUAUUUUUCUUCCCCUACUUCAUGUGUUAAGAUUGGGCUUCUGUUUCUCUGGAUUUUGUCAGCUUCUCUUGCUUGUUUCUAAGGCAGAAUGAGACAACAGCAAUUUCAGAGCACUUCAGUGAGAUAUUGCAGGUCAGGGGACUGAGUGAUGUGAGCAGAGCAAACUCCAAAGAGGCGGCUCCUAGUUGCUAUGCCUAUACAAUACUGUGCACUUAUUAACUGUUUCUGGGGAGAUAAUACAUUCUCAUGGACAAAAGCACUGUGGGACAGGUCCAAACAUCCAGUGUGGCAGGUCUGUUUCCAUUGCCGUGGGCUCUAGGGUGAAAGUGUCCGUGUGUCCCCGUGUUGCCAUCAGCAGAAGGGGAAGGUCUGAGGGUGGCUCUUGCUGUGCCGACUGUGAGGUGUUUGUACAGCUGUUGAAUAUACGGAUGUGUUCAGCAGGGGAAGAGAAAUGCAGCAAGCCAAACUUUUUUCCAAAAUUAUUGUUCCUCCAAACCCUCUCAGGGGAAUUGCCUGAGCAGAUGUGUAAAUGGUUAGGAGACACUAUCAGCUUUAAAAUAGCUCAAGGGUUUGCUCAGAGUAUGAAACUGUCGAGUGUAUUUCCUUUCCUACCAGUUUUUCUUUUUAAAAAAAAAAAAAAAUUUCUUCUUGCACUAUUGCUUGAUUUUAAUUUGCUCUCUGGCUUCUCACAAGCUAGUAACCCGCAGCAGUUUUCAGAGUUGGGUGCUGAUGAGUAUCAGCAACAUUGAUGGUGAGGUGGAUACUUAGACUGGUCUGUCUUGGUCAGUGCAGGAAUCCUAAACCACCUGCUUGCUUUUGAAGCUCUCUAAACUAUUAAGACUCAAAACAAAAAAAAAAAAAUAAAGAAAGGAAAAAGGUUUGAGAUUUAUUUUUAUUUUGCUUUUUUUAAUAUUAUUUGGUGCUUGUUCUUAAUUGCAAGCAGGGCUUGCAAAAAAUAUUUAUCUUUCUGUUUAUUUGAAAGAGUUCUUUUUUUAAAAGAAGUUUACUUGAUUUUAUUUUUUUAUUUCAUUUUACUUUUUAUUUUGCUUUUGUUUGGCGGUUUGAGGGGUGUUUUGGUUUUUUUCUUUCCCUUUUUUUGUUUUUGUUUUGGUUUUUUGUUACCAAGAGAUUGGUAAACCAAAUGUUCUUAUCUCCCUGGUUCCUACAGAACCAGGGUUUGGGCAGUGCUGCUUAGCAGCCCAUGCCAUGCCCAGAGUUACACAAUUUCAACUGAGAGCUUUCUUUAAGGCAAAGCAUCUUUGGGCCAAAAAAAGUCUGGAAAAAGAAGCAAUGACUUCAGACAAGACUCCUCCUAUCAGUUUCCUUGUUUAAAUUUUUUGUUUAGGUUUUCUCAUACCUCUUGGAGACAAAGGAGAAAGCAAAACGUGGAGUGUCUUGCAGUGAUGUGAGGGUCCAGUUGCUUGUCUGGGGAGAUCAGGCAGCUCUUCUCCUGAACCUGAAAGGAGCUGGAGGAGGCAUGUGCUGGUGGUGUGGUGUUAUCUUUUUCAUAAGAAAAACACCAAUUUCACAAAAUAGCUUCUGCCCUGCUGUUUGUACCUCUGCAAAAAUGAAUGUGCCAAGCUGAAAUUUUUGGAAACCAAAGCAGUGCAUGGCUCAUUUACUGUCAUGUAAACAGAGAUCAGGUCCCCGGUAUUUCUGAAAGUUCCCCUCAGUCUGUAAUAGCCUUUGCCAGUAUAAGCUUUUCUUUUCAUCCCAUUGUCUUUUCCACAUCCCAACACAUCUUGAAUUCAUGACAUGGGAAUGUCCCAUGGCUCCAAGAAGGGCAUCAAAAGGGAGACACAUGACCCAGGGCAGCAGGGCUGGGUCUCUGCCUGGCUUGACCAACUCUUCUGACCUGUGCAAAUCAGAAAGAGCAUUCAGUGCCCUAAGUGAAAACAGUAUUUGCUAAGUGAUUUCCUAAGGUCCCCAUGGUUCCUUGUCAAAGAAACCACAGGCGUGAGCCAGAAAUAUACUGACCAGAAAUACUGCGUAUCAAAGCUGUGUCUUAAAUUCUGGUGGACAGACCUUUGUCCCUGGAGGAUGUAUGUUACCGUAUGAUUCACUUUUUUGGAAUGAAGCCUUUACUCCCACACUGCUUCCUUCUUCUUUCACCUUUAGGAAGGCAAGGGCUUGUUUUUAUCUCUUUAGCCUUUUAUUCUUCCCCUCUCAGGUUUUCUUUGGAAAGGUUUGGCAUAGGAUCCCAGAGUCAGAUUCACACUCUGAUCCCUGCAGGUUGCCUAGGGUUGUCUGCUAGAGUAUGGUCCCAGCUUUACAGCACCAAAGCCUUUCCACUUCCUGGCCUUAAAAUUGCAUUUGCUCCACUUCCACAGUUGGUAUCCAUCCUGCAGUUGUUGAAAGCAUGUUAUUUCUUCAACCCAGCCUGAUACUGUGUCUGGUUCCCAGAGCCAGUCCCUCAAUCCCAUUUGGAGCACUCAAACCACCCUGUUUUGCAUUGGGUUCCUGGGACACAGAGCAGGUUCAAAAAUGUCUGUGUGAAGCCCAUAUUGUUGGAGGGAGAAGAGGACCCUGCAAGGGCUCUCAGAGCUUUUUGUUCUAGUGUUUCAUGAAGGGGAAAAAUCAGACUCUUUUCUUGGGCUUUUCUUUGCCUGGUCGUCUUCACUGCCCAACAGAAGGGGUUUCAAUGACCAGGGAAGUGGGAGUGUGGGCUCAGAUGAAGUACAAAAGUGGUCAGUAUUAGCUGGGGGUGCCAGAAUACCCCAGCGGUAGAGUAGCUGUAUCAAACCGUGUGAGAGUCGAUGGAGUUGUGUGGGCUUGGCCUUAGCUUCUUUUAAACAAAGUGAUCAUCUCAACAUGUAACUUGAUGUCAGUUUGAUGCCAUAAAGCACUUUAAAUGGAAGUGGUCUUGUCCCUUUUUAUUUGGGUUAUUUGGAGACAAUCAGCUUUGCCAUUGCUUCCCCCCUCUGCAUCCCCAGCAAAAUCUGAGCUGCAAGUAGGCAUAUUCCUGGUUUGGUUUGGCUUUACCCUGGGAGGGGAGGAAGGGCCAAGGUUUUUCUAUUAUUUUUAGACGAAAGUGGGUGUGAGUCUGACUACAGUCCCGCUGCAGACAGGGUGAGUGGCAGAACCAGAGAACUGGCUUCUGAUGGCUCAGGUAUGUCCCCCAGGAGAGCCCAUGCUGGCGUCACCAUCACCUUCCUCACAGCGGGUACUGCUGCCGGUAGGGAAGCAGUCCCACCAGUGGUUAGCCCUCCCUCUCCUUUUCCUUGGAGAAACCCAGAGCAAAGGAGGUGUGGGGGGAUGCAACCAGAUAAGUGUAAAGUGAGGCCCUUUCCAUGCACUAAGUUAUUUACUGUCCAGGCCAUUGGGAGACCUCCCAAAUGCCAUCCCUGGGGCAGGAGCUCUCGCCACCCCUGAGGGUGGACUCUUCACUCUUGAAAUUUGACCACUGCUGAGAAGCACAGUAACGCCAUGAGCUCGUGCGGAUUUGUACUGCCUUUCGAAGGCAAGAGCAUCCAUAGAGUCCAAUCAUCUUUGCACCUUCCUUGAGGCACUAGGCUAUCUCAAAGCUGUUGCUGAAAUACCCAAAUCCAGUCCUUCCAAAUGCGACCGAGUCAGAAGAGGUUCACCAUGUGCCAAAUCCCAAGGAAGCUGUCCAGGAUAUCUCUGGCAUGGGGCAAGGGAGGACUGGGCAGGGGGCACAAGAGAGUAUCAGCUAAAAUCCCACAAAACAUUCCUUGUUAACCAGAACUCUGGAAAUUAUUCUGCCUGCUGGCCAGGUUUGGGAAUUUAACAUCAUUUAAGACACCCUUUUAAAUAAAAAACCUCCCCUGCUGCUCGUAACUCUUGCUUCAUUUGUCAGAAGGGGCAGCAAUCAAUGAUUCUUGAUCUGGUGAUGCAGCUAAAUUUUAAAGAUAGGCUAACUGAACUGGCUUAAUCUCAUUCACCUCGUGCUCUUCAGUGAUGGGAAGUGUAACACUAGCUCCCUUCCCACCUGCGUUUUCAGGGCUUGGUGCCCUAUCUUUCCACAUGCAUUUCACUGACACUGAUGCUUUGCCCAAAUAUAUUCAGCUUCCAUUGCUCAGGGGGAGGGGGGAACAGGAUAACAUUCACUGCUUUGCAUACAGCUAUAAGCUUCGUAUGUAUUUAAGCUGUCUAUAGGUAUCCAUCCUUUCCAUGCUCCAAAGUAUUUUACUGUUUUCUUUAUCGAUAUUAAACACUGACUCAAAGAAAAUCCAAAAACCUAUGUCCAGUUCAGUUCGCCUAUGGUUAAAGUUUAGCCUGGUGUUUAUUUUAUACUAAUAUGGAAUGCACUUGAGUAAUUCCCAGAGCAUUGAGGAGGUGUAUUAUAAUAACCUGAUAUACCUCUGCUUUUUGUUUGUUUCUUAAAUAAAUAAAUAAAUAAAAAUGCUUUGCAUUUUCAUGUUGAACCCACUAAAAAAAAAGUUUAAAAAAAAAGUUGAAAAAAAGAAUUUUUAAAAAAGAGGGUAAAACCUAAUUGCUGUAUGUUAAUUUGUAAUUAUGUAAAAAGUAAGCAGGUUAUUGACUGUAAAAUUCUUCAGUUUUUCUGUAACUUGCCAGAAACCAUUAGGUUUUGUAACAAGCUUUUAUUUAUCUUCCUUUUUAGUUAUCAGCAUCAACCUCUUGUAAAGUCAUUUUUCCUCUAAAUAAAUUUGAUUUUAAGUCUGA